AGACGAAGGCAGAACAUGGCGCUCUGCGCUACAGUACUCAUAUACUCGUUCGUCCCGCCGCUCGAGAGUGCCAAGAUUGCUGUCCUAUGUUUUUGGACAUAGGCCCUUAACUCGAAGGAGCAAUUCACACGCGAAACUCACGCGCCGUUGCUUACGCCAUGACCCAAACGUGGCUUUUACUUCGAUCCACAAACGAAACUUGGCCAUCUUCCCACCUUCCACGACUUUGCACCUCGUAUAGAAUGGGCAUCCCUCGGCUGCAUGUAUGCCGGGCUACCGCCAGGAGUACGAGAAGGUCCUUGACGCGGCCCUUCGCAAGCGCGGUCCGUCCCAUUGCCCACGAAAUUCGGCUCGAUGCCCCCGUGUCGGUCUACGUUCACUGGCCCUAUUGUCAAAGUAAGUGCACCUAUUGCGCAUUCAACAAAUAUCAUAUUCCUGCAGGAGGGCAGGACCACGACAGAAUGGAACGUGCGCUUCUCACCGAGCUCAGACACGCGUUGACGUACGAUCCAAACGAGGAUGCCGGCGGGCCUGCAUUCGUAAAGCGGCCGCGGAGGCGGAAGCUGAACUCGGUGUAUUUCGGGGGUGGGACGCCCAGUUUGGCGAGGCCACUGAUGAUAUCCAAAGUCCUGGAGUAUCUGCGAUCUGUCUGCGACGUGCCGAACGAUAUGGAAGUCACUCUGGAAGGAAACCCUACCUCGGUCGAAGUUGAGCUCCUAAAGGACUUCAAAGCCGCGGGAGCCAACCGGUUGUCAUUAGGCCUGCAGGCGCUCGGUGAUAAAGACCUGCGCUUCUUCGGCCGCGAUCACAGCGCUGCCGAGGCACAUACAGCGGUCGAGAAAGCGCAAGGGAUCUUCCAUCGCAUUUCUUUAGAUUUCAUCUGGGGCCGGCCUGGUCAAACGCUCGCGGCGUGGGAGAGCGAGCUCAAGCGAGCACUGUCUUUCGGCGCGACCCAUUACAGCUUGUACCAGUUAACGGUCGAACGAGGAACGCCACUGUUCAAAGAUGUCGCAAAAGGGGCCGUCGUUGUCCCCGACGAUGAUCUGGCGGCGGAUAUGUAUGAAAAGACGGUCGAGAUGGCAUCCGAAAACGGCUACCAUCAGUACGAAGUAUCCUCCUUCGCGUGGCACGGACUCGAGACGAAUCGCAGCCAGCAUAAUCAGUCGUAUUGGAGAGGAUAUGACUAUAUAGGCAUCGGGCCAGGCGCUCAUGGGAGGGUGUAUGGAGCAGAUGGCACGCGGUUUCGGACUUUUCGAACCCUGGAUCCAAACUCAUGGAUGACGGAAUGCGAGACCACCGGGCAGGGAAUGCGACGGGUAGUCCCAAUGACGCUUCGACAGACGUUGGAAGAACUAGUCCUUCUAGGUCUACGCACAAUGGACGGCGUGAGCUUUGGCACCAUCCGACAACAUGCGGGAGUUGAGUACUCCAUCGACUCGAUCAUAAACAUCGCGGCAACGAAUGACUUGGUAAGCGGCGAUUUACUGGAAUGGGUGUACGCGACCAGCGAGAUGGACGCCGCGGUAGAGGUUGAUGGAAGGUUGGUUCGAGGCUUAAGACCGACGCGGAAGGGGUUGGCUGUUAUAGAUAGGGUUGUACCUGAAGUGAUUGCAUAAAAAGGACGUAGAGAUAGAAGGCGGAGCUGAAAGUGACUUGCGCGAAAUUGGGGUACCCUGCAAUAGCAGCACCCCCUCAAUGCUGACGACGCCUCACUUCAUCACAUGAACAUUAUAUUGAGAGUCCAUAUGGAUAUGUUUCAGUCUA